AUGGAGGAACCCGUUGCGCCAGUUCUACCAAAGACGAUAAUCUCAGAACCCCUCAAACACAAUUCGGCACCUAUUUUCGAAGAAGAGGCGUUCUUGUCACCUGGCACAUUCUCCAGCGCAGAUGAAUAUGCCGCGAAUCCAAGAUUUCUUGAACUGCAAGAAGAGCUCCGCUGCGUGCUCUUUUCAUCCGUCGCCAGUUUUGACCCAAGCGGUGAAACCUCGUCAGUGCCUUUUGAGCACCCAGAUGGGCAAACCAAGUCCCGCCCGACACUAGAUUUCACGAGAGUGUCAAUUCCCAAAAUCAGAUUGAUUUUUUACCUUAAGAACUGGAUCACCGAGUGUGCACCCUACCUGGACAAAUUCGAUGAGCUGCGCCAUUUCGGAGUACAUAUUCCGAUCCUGGCGCAACGGUCACCCGCCUUGUUUUAUGCCAUUCUUGCCUUUUCAGCGCGACAGACAGAGCGCAAGGCGUGCCUGGAUAAGGCAUACGAUAGUCUGGAGCUCUAUCAGGAGUCAAUUCGAUUACUGACACCCUUGCUCCAAGCGAAAGAUCCCGAUGUUCUUGUCACGGUCUGCAUCCUGGCGGUCAUGGAGCUGAUGUCCGUCAGUCCGCGCGACUGGAGGCGACAUGUCGAAGGAUGCGCAGCCUUGUUUGAAUCGUUCAAUGUGCAUGGUCUGUCUGGUGGACACUUGUCCGCCACCUUCUGGACAUAUGCACGCAUGGAGCUUUGCGGCGCCAUCAUAUCGGGAGGAUCCGAGUCUACUGUGCUGCCCUUGCAGAAAUGGGUCCCUGCGGUUUCCGAGACCGCGACGCCCCGAGAAAGAGAGCUGAUGAUUCGAGACAUGUUCUACCAAGAUGGAUGUGCGUCUCCAGACAUGCAUGCUAACUGGGCCGUGUAUCUUUGUGCAAAGACAUGCGAUCUAUCAUGCCGACACACAAGAUACAUGGAACUGGGCGAGAGGAUCGAAGACCCUCGCCCCUUUUCCGAGCAGUGGACUGCUCUAUGGGAGGAACUGCAAUUCUGGCUGGAGAACAGACCUGCCGCAAUGUUGCCAAUCAAAACAACCGGAAUCGGCGGUGGUCAAAUAUUCCCCGAGAUCCUCUUCGCUCACUGGGCUGCCAUAUCAGGCAACCAGCUCUACCAUGCCGCUUGCAUAAUGAUGCUGGACAUGAAACCCCCCGGCAAGAUGUUGCCUCUGGACAAGGCGCAUUACUCUUCAAUAUGGCACGCGCGCCGGGUCUGUGGGAUUUCGUUGACGAAUCCUCACUCUGGGAACCUCAUCAAUGCCAUUCAACCCUUGUACAUUGCUGGCAAACUUCUCAGCCAUUACAGUGAGCAUGUGGAAGUGGCGAAGCUGUUCAAAAUUGUCGAGGAGACGACUGGAUGGGGUGCGCUCUGGAGGUUAAAGGAUCUUGAGCGGGAAUGGGGUUACGAGCCGGGGGAGAUUUUGUCCGCGAUUUGA